ACCUCCCCCUCCCGGCCCAGUCUGCAGAGGCUCGCCUUCCUCUCCGCCCGCAGGUCCGGGCUGCUGCCGCGGGCGCGUUCCGCAUCGCUCCGGGGGCCCCAGGCGUGGAGCUCCGAAGCCAUCGACAGCUUCUGGCACUUCUGAGCUGCGGUGGGCGAGGGCCCGCGCGUUUCCUCCAGCUGGGGAGGUCGGAGAGCGGAGGCGGAGGCAGUUUCAGGCCUUAGGCCCCGCGGGCCGGGUCCAGUGAGACGCGCCCAUCCUUCGCCGAACCGGGCGCGCGCGGGCCUCUUGGGACCUCACCGGCGACCCGUAGUUCGGACACGCGCUUGCCGCAGGCCGCAGGAAGGAGGGGUCCAGUCUGAGGCCUGGGGCGACGGCCGCUAUGGAGAUCACCUCGGCCCAGGGCCCGCGCCAGGAGCCUUGGGGGCGGCCCUGACCGCCCUCCUCCCUGCCGGGGCCGGGUCGCGGACGUGCCCCCCGCGGCCGCCCGCCGCCUCUGCCUCUCCGGCCUCCCCGGGCCGCGCUGCUGCCUGGGCGCGGCGGCGGCGGCGGCGCCCUGUUGAAUGGGCUGUGAGGGCCCAGGUUUGUAGCGCUGGCGAACGCGGCCUCCGGGGGCGCAAGGCAACAGCAGCGGUGGCGACCAAACGGGUGUUGGAGUUGGCGGCGGCCAUGGAGGGCCUGGCUGGCUAUGUAUACAAGGCGGCCAGCGAGGGCAAGGUGCUGACCCUAGCCGCCUUGCUCCUCAACCGGUCUGAAAGCGACAUCCGCUAUCUGCUGGGCUAUGUCAGCCAGCAGGGAGGGCAGCGCUCCACGCCUCUGAUCAUCGCAGCCCGCAAUGGCCACGCCAAGGUGGUGCGCUUGCUGCUGGAACAUUACCGGGUGCAGACCCAGCAGACUGGCACCGUCCGCUUCGACGGACAUUGUGAAAAUGUUAGCCUGAGGUGUUCACAGUAUGAAGCUCACUCAUCCCUUAGGGGCUGGCUUUUGAGGUAUGUCAUUGAUGGUGCCACUGCUCUGUGGUGUGCAGCAGGAGCAGGACAUUUUGAAGUUGUUAAACUUCUAGUCAGUCAUGGAGCCAACGUGAACCAUACUACAGUAACUAACUCGACCCCUCUGCGGGCAGCUUGCUUUGAUGGCAGACUGGACAUUGUGAAAUACUUGGUUGAAAAUAAUGCCAACAUCAGUAUUGCCAACAAGUAUGACAACACCUGCCUAAUGAUUGCAGCAUAUAAGGGACACACUGAUGUGGUCAGAUACCUUUUAGAACAACGCGCUGAUCCCAAUGCUAAAGCACACUGUGGAGCCACAGCAUUGCACUUUGCAGCUGAAGCUGGGCACAUAGAUAUUGUGAAAGAGCUGAUAAAAUGGCGUGCCGCUAUAGUAGUGAAUGGCCAUGGGAUGACACCAUUAAAAGUGGCUGCCGAAAGCUGUAAAGCUGAUGUCGUCGAACUGUUGCUCUCUCAUGCUGAUUGUGACCGAAGAAGUCGGAUUGAAGCUUUGGAACUCUUGGGUGCCUCCUUUGCAAAUGACCGUGAGAACUAUGACAUCAUGAAGACAUACCACUACUUAUAUUUAGCCAUGUUGGAAAGAUUUCAAGAUGGUGAUAACAUUCUUGAGAAAGAGGUUCUCCCGCCAAUCCAUGCUUACGGGAAUAGAACUGAAUGUAGAAAUCCUCAGGAACUGGAAUCCAUUCGGCAAGACAGAGAUGCUCUUCAUAUGGAAGGCCUUAUAGUUCGGGAACGGAUUUUAGGUGCUGACAAUAUUGAUGUUUCCCAUCCCAUCAUUUACAGGGGAGCUGUCUAUGCAGAUAAUAUGGAAUUCGAACAGUGUAUCAAGUUGUGGCUUCAUGCCCUGCACCUCCGACAGAAAGGUAACAGGAAUACCCACAAGGAUCUUCUUCGAUUUGCUCAAGUUUUCUCACAGAUGAUACAUUUGAAUGAAACCGUGAAAGCGCCAGAUAUAGAAUGCGUUUUGAGAUGCAGUGUUUUGGAAAUAGAACAAAGUAUGAACAGAGUAAGAAAUAUUUCAGAUGCUGAUGUCCACAGUGCUAUGGACAAUUAUGAAUGUAAUCUCUACACCUUUCUGUAUUUAGUGUGCAUCUCCACCAAAACACAGUGCAGUGAAGAAGAUCAGUGCAAAAUUAACAAGCAGAUCUACAACCUGAUUCACCUUGAUCCCAGAACUCGGGAAGGUUUCACCUUGCUGCAUCUAGCUGUCAAUUCGAAUACCCCAGUUGAUGAUUUCCACACCAACGACGUUUGCAGCUUUCCAAAUGCACUUGUCACCAAGCUCCUGCUAGAUUGUGGUGCUGAGGUAAAUGCCGUGGACAAUGAAGGGAACAGUGCCCUUCAUAUUAUUGUUCAAUACAACAGGCCCAUCAGUGAUUUUUUGACCUUGCACUCUAUCAUCAUUAGCCUAGUUGAAGCUGGCGCUCACACUGACAUGACAAAUAAACAGAAUAAGACUCCGCUAGACAAAAGUACAACUGGGGUAUCUGAAAUACUACUUAAAACUCAAAUGAAGAUGAGUCUCAAGUGCCUGGCUGCCCGAGCAGUUCGGGCUAAUGACAUUAACUACCAAGACCAGAUCCCUAGAACUCUUGAAGAAUUUGUUGGAUAUCAUUAAGUGACUGGAUAUGUAAAAUUGUUUAAUGUGGUGCUAAAAAGUAAAGAACUUUAAUCACAGACAAUAGAAUUAUGUGUUCAUAAAUUCUACUUUUCUUUCCAUUACCCUUUCUCCCUACCCAUCCUUCCUUAGUUCUGUAUUUAGUCUUCUAGUCUCAUAUGGUAAUUGAUUUCAAAUACACUUUAAACAAAGCCACAUUGUUUAGGUGUAACUAAUGUAAGGUGUUUGAAUAUUGGUCACUUUAACUACUUUUCUUUCUUAUUUUUUUAAGGAAUGAAUAUAAAAUGUUUUGUUUAUGUAACAGAGAACAUUUCUAAUUUGAAGUUGAUAAUGUUUGAAAAAAAUUGCCUACAAAAGUAUUUCUGUUAAGCCUUUGUUAGCAUGUUAUUCUUGUAGCAGUUUUGAGGAUUUCAUGAAGAAAAACAACUAAAAGUGAACAUUAAAAGUAAUGGGAUACCCAGGUGUUCUGCACAUGCCAAACUGCUAUAGGUUGUUUUCACUCUUCCAUUAAUUAUGUUGAGUGAUGCAGCACAUUAUAACAUCAGGAGGAUUUAAAAAAAUAUAGCUGCAGAUUAAUCUGAAAAAUAUGCUAACUUAAUAAUAGUUAUACAUUUAUAAAGUUAAACCCAUUGAAAUUAUUGCAUUAUGCUGGGUGGUAUAUACCAAGUAGUAAUAAUCUUAAAGUGACUUUUCAGAAAAUAUUGAUGGACUGUUUGCCUUUAGGCUUUGAAUUCUAAAAUUCUUUGAAGUCUCUGUUUUAAUGUAGCUUAUCUAAAUUGCAGCAGUCUGCAUUUGACUCAGCUCACAAAUAUGUAAAAAUUAUGAAUGCUGUGUUUUCUUAUGAAACAAAUUGUCACAUAUAGUUACACAUUCUAUUUUUUUUUCUUUCUUUCCUCCUAUGUGGUAAUUUUAAAUUUGGAAACUACUUUUCUAGCAGGCAUUAUUUGUGCCUCCCUAUUAAGGUGUGUAUGAUAGAUGAAAGGAACCAGGAUCUUUUAAAAUUUUUUUUUCACUUUAUUUAGUCUGUGAUAAGAAGUAGAAAAAAAUCACUAGUGUGGUAUAGGGAAUUAAAUAUUUUUGAUGAUGAAAAGAAUUUGCAAUGCCACUUUGAAAGAUAGUUCUGUUUGAGAGCUGCACAUUUUUCAACCACAAAAUGUCACUUAUUCCGACAGGUUGUACAGAGGUUUUUAUGUUUUUUGUUUUGUUUUGCUUUAGUGGCAACAUUUUAAGUGUAAGACUAAAAGAGUGAUCUGUGAUUAUCUUUUAAGCAUCACAGAAAUUCAAGCAAAGCAUACACACCUAUUUUUAUUGAUGUUAAAAAUGAGAAAGAAAAUAAAAUUAGCUAUAUCUGUAUUUUUCUCUCUAGUGCCAAAUGAAUGCCUUAGCUAUUCAUAGUGCAUGGUACUGUAAGUGAAGACCUACAGCUUUUUUGUUUCUUUCAUGGAAAGCAUUAUAAUGAUGUAGCAACAUCAGUUAUAAACUUAAAACUUGUAAGGUUUCAAUUAACAUUUUAUGUAUGGAAAUUGCUUUGUGAAGUAUAAGAGAAAGGUUGCAGUUGGAUCAGUAUAAAACAUAAUGACCAAGCCAAAAUCAGCACCUAGGGCCUUAAAUAAAAUAGCGAUACCCCACAAAAUGAAAUACUUUGAAGGGUGGGACGGAAUGGAAAGGGGGAACUUAAAGAGCUUUUCCCCCAAGAAUGCAAGAUACUUUUACAGCUACUGUAGUUAUACUUCGUGUGUCUUCUUGCUUCAGUUAGGAAUGUUUUGAUGGUUAAUUCUGUCAUGGUAAUAUAUUUCUGUUUUUCUAACCUGAGUUUUUACAAGGAAGAUUGGUUUAAAGGGAGGUAUUUGAAUGAAUCCUAAUUUGAAAAUUACUGGCCUUGAUCCCCCUGGUGUGAGUCAAGGAAAUACUGAACCUUGCUCUUGGCAACUGUAAUGGACUGAAAGAGAAAAUGCCCAUCCUCAAGGUGAGUGAAUCACACCUUUCUACAGCUCAGAUCAGACCCUGCGUUUUUCAGACUUCAAGGCCUGCUUAUUGACAGUCUGAGGAAUGACUGUGAUAGAUGGUAUUCAUUUGGUUUCAUUAUUAAUGUAUAUGAUUUUAAACACCAAAACUUCAAAUAUCAGAUAAUGUUGCAUGUUUUAAAAAUCAUGUCAUCCCUUUGGCUACCCAGGACCAGCACUCUUAGCUAUUGCUUAUUUGUAAAAUGAAGAUAAUGAUAUGUGUACAUAUUUAUACAUCAAAAUUUAAUGAUGCUGUUUUUGAGGAGGGAGGACUGAAAGCUGGAGAAAGUAAAACUGCUGAUUGAAAUGCUGACAAAGUUGGAGAAAAUUUGAAGACAGUGGAAUAAACUAUGAACUCUGCUGAUGGUAACUGAGAUUUUUUUUUUACUAUAGUAUAGAAGCACAUGUGUACUACAUUGCUAAGGACCUGAUUCUGUCUUAUAAAAUCAGAUAUGUUUUGUGAAACACCUGUAUAAAACCAUUCUUGAAAUGCGAUCUACAUGCUUGUUUUUUAUUUGUUUUUGGUAGAAUUUAAAAUAUGUUUAGCCAAACCCUUCCCAAACUUGAGUUUAUUUGUUUUUGAUUUUUUUUUUUUAAGGAAAAUAGUUAAAGAAAGGUGAUAGUUCUGUAUCUCAGCACUCUGAGAACUCUAGACUGCCUUCAUUUUCCAGCUACUUUUGUCAUUUUAUGUUUCUUAUUGGUAGGAUUAAGCUUUGGAUUGUAAGUCUUCCUUGGUAGCAUUACAAAUUCAAUCAAAACUACUUUGUCUUGCUCAUAACUGUCAUAUAAAUUUGGUUGACCUAGAGGCCCAGGUGGAUGAAUGCCUGGGCAAACCAUGUGAAACUUGCUUGGUUUUGUGCUUUUAGUAGAGUUGGUAAAAUGGGUUUUUGAGGUUAGGUAACUAACUCAAGAGACGGGCAGCAAAUUCAUCCCCUCAAUUGAUAAAGACGGGGGACAUUUUUGACAUAGAAUUAUGACACAACAUCGUUUUUUUUAGUUUACUUUGGUUGCACAGUCCCACUACCGUAAGGUUCUUUGCUGUGAAAACUUCAAACAAAUUCAAAAGCAAGCUUUGGUCUUGCUUAUUUCUGGGGAGGGUUUUAUUUCGUGAUACUAAUUGUUGAUUAAUAAGUGGUAAUCAUGAGAAACUUAGGUGUGAUAGCACUGUGUGAAGUAAAAUAUGAUUUGGGGGCAGUGGAUCCCUAAAUAACUGCAUUUGGCAAGUGUUUUUGAAAAUUGAAAUCCCAAGGGAACAACACUCUGUCAUUGCAUUUGAGGCAGCUCCUUAUGAGUAAGACCAUUUUGGAUUAUUCAGGUAGAGCAUUUGGGUGAGGAAUGAGUUGCUUGACCUUGGAUUACAGUUUGCUGGUUUUAGAAGCAGCGGUGAUUAAACUAGUGAGUAGAUGGAUAAAAGUGUAACGACUUGUUUUUAUGGUAGGUUUUCUGUAAAAGUCGUAAAUGUUCCUUUUCAGGCUAGUCAGAUGUACCAAUGUACAGAUGACUCUUCUGUUUUUCCUCACUAACUAUACUGUAACAUUAAAAUGGGUUAAAGAAAUCCAAACUCUGUCUUUUGCUCUCUGACAAGUUACUAGUUCAUAAGAUUUUAAGCUGUGUAUCCUACAGUGAAAAUGCACAGCUCUGCUCUGGACAUCCUCUCUAAGAAGUAGAAAGCUCCUAACUCUGUAUGGCACAUUGCAGGGCUUUCUCAUACAUGUCUGGCAGAUUUGCCCACAUCUCCAGAUGGGCUGGGUUGUAUAGCAUCCCCACCCCCAAAUAUGGGAUUUGAAAUAAAUAUUACACAAUAGUGGUGAUAGACAUAUUACUUUUUAAAACUGUAAAGUAAUUGUGGUCUCUAGUCCUAGGUUUGUGGUGUGUUCAUUUGUAUUAAUGUGUAGGGAAGGGACACAUUGACUUGGUGGUUAUGGGGAGUGUAUCUUGAUAUGUGUGCAGGGGUGAGUAUUGCUAAACUAUUAACAGCUUUUCAUUUAGGGGUGAGUCACGUGAUGAACGGCCCAAUCAGAACAAUGAAGGAACGAAGAUGCAAGCUUUGCCAAGUGAUGAAGUGAACAAGGUUUUGUAUGUUUUUAAUCAGGUGUUGUAAAAUUUGUGCAUGGCUUUUUUAUUGUUGCAUAAUAAUUGGUAGAGGAAAAAACAUGAGGGGAAAAAAACCUCAGCUUUGCUAACCAAUUUUUUCAGAGGUACAUAGAUGGGGAGUAAAAUCUGACUGGCUUUAAGUGUUGAAAGUUUCCAUUUUUAUAAUAUUCAUCCCAUCCUGCAAUCCUCCAUGUAGAGGAACUAAAUGGUUGUAUUCUAGUAAUUCACUGUGAUUUAUAAAAAACCAGUGAUGUUAUUCUAUUGUGCACUUUUGUCAAACCAUUUACGUGACUUUAAUAAACUUAGUAAAUUUGCUGACUG